UUUUUAAUUGGCCACACUGGCCGUCACUAUCAUUUAUAAUUUCACAAUUAACUUCUAAAAUAAUAGCCAUUAAACCUUAAGCCAUGCAGGCACCUCCUCCAGAACACUGUCCUGGCGUGGAGAGCGAGGAUGCGGGCAAGGGAAACGCCUGCGCCGGCUGUCCCAACCAGAGCAUCUGCAGCGAUCCCAACAAGAAACUCGAGGAUCCCGGCAAGGCUCUGGUGGCCGAAUCGCUCAAGGAUGUGCGCAACAAGCUGCUGAUCCUCUCCGGAAAAGGCGGCGUGGGCAAAAGUACGGUGACCUCUUUACUGACCCGCUAUCUGGCCAGGAGCUGUCCGGACAGCAACUUUGGCGUCCUGGACAUCGACAUUUGCGGUCCAUCGCAGCCUCGUCUGAUGGGCGCCCUGGGCGAGAAUGUCCAUCAGUCGGGAUCCGGCUGGUCACCCGUGGGAAUCGAAGACAAUGUCUGCCUAAUGUCUAUCGGCUUUCUGCUCGGCUCCGUGGACGAUGCCAUCAUUUGGCGGGGUCCCAAGAAGAACGGCAUGAUUCGGCAGUUCCUGAGCGAGGUGGACUGGGGCGAUUUGGAUCUGCUGCUGCUGGACACACCGCCCGGUACCUCCGAUGAGCACAUGUCCGUCGUUUCCUAUCUGAAGGACGACACUAAGCCGGAAUCCAUGCGCGCCGUCUUGGUGACCACUCCACAGGAGGUGGCUCUGUUGGAUGUGCGCAAGGAGAUCAACUUUUGCAAGAAGCAAAAUAUCCCCAUUGUGGGCGUCAUCGAGAACAUGAGCAGUUUCCGUUGCGGCAACUGUGGAAACAGCUCGGAGAUCUUUCCGGCCAAAACCGGCGGAGCUGCAGCCAUGUGCGCCGAGAUGGGAGUUCCGCUGCUGGGCUCCCUGCCCUUGGAUCCCCAGGUGGCCAAGGCCUGCGAUUCUGGCGAGGAUAUAACGGAGAUUAAGAACCCUACCACUGAGGCGCUGGAAGGGAUUUGUUCAAAGAUUAUGGCUAGCUUUAGUUAAGAAUGUAAAUUUUAUAAUAUACAAAUUUUGUUCAAUAAUACAAAAACAUUGACAGAA